AUGGCUUUGAGGGCUAAGUCACAGCGUGCUUACAGACUAGUUCCUGAAAUCAAUCAAGAGGUCGUUCUAUGCGGUUGGCGUAUGGGAAAUUGUUGCUGCGGUCAGCGGCCGACCAACGACUCACCGCCUUCUCUGUCGCAAUUUUCCAUUAUUCGAAGCAUAGGUCGAGGAGCUUUUGGCAAGGUUUGUAUUGUACAACAACGUUCCAGCAAGAAAUAUUUUGCGCUUAAAUACAUGAGCAAAAGACGCUGCAUAGAUAAAGGCGUGGCCGGAAACGUAUUACGUGAGCUGAGCCUGCUGCGGAAGAUAUCUCACCCGUUUAUUGUGAAUCUAUGGUAUACAUUCCAGGAUCGCGAUUAUAUGUACAUGGUUACGGAUCUAUUGCUUGGCGGUGACCUGCGAUAUCAUCUCAAUCAGCAGGGAAAGUUCGCCGAAGAUAGAUCGAAAUUGUACAUGUGCGAAAUUUCGUUAGCUAUUGAUUAUCUUCACGGGAAAGGUAUCAUGCACAGGGAUAUCAAACCAGAGAAUAUUCUGCUAGAUGAACAAGGCCAUGCCCAUUUAACCGACCUCAAUCUUGCUACUCAACUUGAAGAGAACAAGCUUGCUACCUCAUACUCAGGAACCCGACCCUACAUGGCGCCUGAAGUCUAUGCAUGUGCUCUGGGUUUGAUUGAUGGCUACGAUCUGAGAGUGGAUUGGUGGUCGUUAGGAGUAACAUUUUAUGAAAUGAUGCGUGGUAGGACACCUUACGAAUUUAGCCCUCAUUUUACUGCCGAACAGGUUUUGCUAUUGAUACGCGAGAGUUAUGUGCCAUUUCCGGCUCAUUGGCCAUCAGAUCUAUUGAGCUUUCUACGACUUUUGCUUCAUCCUUCACCUGAUGGUAGAAUAGACUCGUUAACUGCUAUUAAACGGCAUCCUUACACUGCUCGUAUAGACUUUGCCAGCGUUCUUGCCAGACGUGCUGCCCCAGUAUUUGUGCCUUGUAAUGAGGGUCUCAAUUGUGACCCCAUGUAUGAAUUAGAGGAACGUAUUAUUGCUUCUACUCCCAUUCAUCGACGGCGCCAUGAUAGAAAUAAUAGAAGGCGAUAUGAUGAAACUGACGCACUUAGGGAGAUCUCAGAGGCGUUCAUAGAAUAUUCUCGGCCGGAAGCGCUUGCGAAUGGGACACCAGCAUCGCGAAGGUGACCGGACCAGCCGCAACUGUUAUAUUUCUAGCUCACAUACUCAAAACAUUUCAAAAUUAUGAUUCGGUCCUCAGUUGUUGAGUAAUAUCAUUAUGUUGGUGCUGUAUGAUGUAUUGCUGACAUAUUGCGCUCAUUUUGUGCUCUUCUAUGCUGACAAUGCUAAUCACCAGACAGUGUAUUCAGUAUGAGACAUUUAUUUGGCAAUUUUCACUCAACCAACUUCUCUUGAUCAUAGAUCGAUAUUAUAUUUCAUGGUUUAUCUGUUGAAGUUCAAGCAUUUUACAGACAAUGGACAGCUGCGCCACUCAGGUGGUCAUCUAUUUAGGCUUGGGUCGUAUACGGCCGCCUCGCUUGGACUCUGAGCCCAUCUUGCUAUG